AUGCUGUCCAGAAUAGGGUAUAAACCAACAGGAUACAAGCUUGUACGGUUAUAUGUCACAGGCCCAAUCAAAAUUCCUUCUGCGCUUCCGGAAAGGCCUGUUAAGAAGAUUCGCAUAGGUAAGGCCAGGCCGGCUAUAUACUACAAGUUUGAUACACUUGUAGAACUUUCAGAUGGUUCAGUGAUUCGUAGAAGAUCACAAUUUCCUAAGGACGAAAUCCGUAUGAUCUCGGAUCAAAGAAACAAUCCCAUAUGGAAUGCUUCGAAGCCGGAUAUGUCGAUAUUGGACGCUGAGGCUAAAGGUAAAUUAAGCAAGUUCAAAUCGAAGUUUUCAGCUUUCGAGGACUCGGGAAAAACUCAAGAGGAAUUGGAAGCGGAAUCAAAGAAGGCAGAAGAGGAACGACAUAUCAAAUUGAUGACUGGUGCUGCACCUAAGAAAACUAAGGAGGAUCAUGACGAUUGGUUGGACGUCCUGGAAUCCAACUAUACGGAACAGAAAUUGGGAGGAAAGGUGGCGCAGAAGGUUAGAACUAAGAAGAAGAAGGCUGCGGAUGUUGACGAUAGAGCUGCUCCUAAGAAAUGA